ACGAGACAGCUCAAUAAAGUAUUAGUGUUUCAUAAAUUAAAGAAGUCUAGGUUUAAAGUCACUUGAAUUGGGUUAAAAUGAUAACUUAAGUUUCCAAUUCCCAAAACAAUACCCAUCAAAAGAUAAUGGCAGAUCAACAAAUUGUAGAAACAUCACCAACAGGGGCGGUGCAAUCGCCACCGCAAACGCCGGCGCAGCCGCCAGGUAGGGAUGAAAUGCUGCAAUGCGUCAGUGCCUUGGAGUCUGCUCUCCUUCCUUGUCUGCCUGCCCCUGAGCUCCAAGCUAUUGAUCGUUCUCCUCAUCCUUCUCAUCAGAUUGACGUGGAAAGACAUGCAAGAGAUUUUAUGGAGGCUGCUAAAAAGCUUCAGUGUUAUUUUAUCGGUCUCCAACGUGAGGAUAAACCUACUAAGGCUGAGUUGCUUCAAAAGGAAAUCACUGCCAUGGAGGAAGAGUUGAAGGUCAAAACAGAGCUUGUUAAGAAGCAAGAACAGCUGAUUCAAGGAUGGAAGAAAACGUUGAGAGAACAACUUGACAAGCACAAGUUGGAGCUAGAGAAGGUGUAACUUAUAGUCGUAGCUUUUUGGUUUCGGUUCCUGAUGUAGCUGAUUUUGUUUUAUCUCUAGAAAUCACUAGUGUAGAAAUUUCCCUCUAUUAGUUUUGAGUAACAACUAAGAAGUUUUAUCAUCCCUACGCUUACAUUUCAGUUUUAGAUGGAGUUGCGUAGUUGUUUCCGACCUUCAAGCUAAUAGAUGAAUUGUGUUCUAUUUCGAACUUUCUCACUGUUUUACCAAACAGCUCAAUUUGGCAACAAUCCAUAGAAAUCAUGUAAUUUGUAACACUAUUGGAAUUUUCCGAAAGCUAUGUAUCUGGUUUGGAGCAUUUAUGUAAGCA